AAAAAUUUUCAUAAUUGGUAAAACAAAUUGAUAAUAGCAGAUUGAUGCAUCACAGGUGAUACGUUUAUUAGUAAUUAUGGGAGGAGUAAAAAAGAAGUUGCUGCAAAAAACACUGCGCACGCGAGUAAUGAAUACCGGCCUAGUCGAGUAGAAAACGGUAGAGGUAGGCGAGAAACCAGCGCUUGCGCGAUUCUGGUGUAGCAUGGAAAUCAGCUCAUUACACGCGAAAUAGCUCGAAGAAGCACGUCGCUUAGCUCCGAAGAUAUAAUUUGACAGUCUGUUCUAUUCGUACAUACAUGAAGAUGUAUUAGACUUUCAUGCAUAUCAUUAAAAAAAAUCUGAAAAAACCACCCCUGUAUUGAAGAACAAAGCUCAAAAAACGUCCUUGCGAAUUCGGAGCACAUUUGCUCAGCCAUCUAGCUUUACACGAGAGGCUUUUUCGAGCAACCGGAAUACAAGUAAAACAAAAUAAGCUGUUAAACAAUAAGGAAUAAGAAAAUAAAAAUAAAAAAAUCGCAAAGGGGUAGUUUUCCAGACUGUAACUGUCAGCAAAUUCCGAACCGUUUAACUGUGAUUGAAUAAAAUCAUGUGGUGCAUUCGGUUUUGAGAAAACAAGUGAAUUUAUGAAAAGUAAAAACCUACCGCAACCGGAAAUAUCAUAAAAAAAUGACCGAAGGACUCUGCAGCACUGUGGAGAAACAGCCGUCUAUGAGAAAUAAACCACGCAGGUUGACACGGAGGGAAAAAUGGCCUUUGCACGUGGGUCUUUUUCUACUUUACGUUUUGGUACAGACUACGACAUCGGUUUAUACAUCAACAACUACAGCGGAUGAUUUAGAUCAGCCUGUUUCCGUCCUAUCGCAGAUCAGUAAAGACCAUGAAACAGCGCGUUUGGAGAACAGGAAGACUCCGGAUGACGGUAAUAAAGUCGGUACUCCAAGCUCCGUCACGAAAGAGUCAUUAUUACAAAUGCAAAAACCGACAAUCGAGAGCCUAAAGGAAAAUAAACAGCGUGAAGAACCCAGUGCCCAAUCUAAGGGGGAAGCAAAUAAUCUGCAGAAUCGAAAACCGAAUACUACGGGGAUGCCCGUUCGAGUUACAACAGAAUCAGAAGAUAUACGACCAACUUAUAGACCACGCAGACCUAACUGUUCUGCUCCAGCUAUUGAACAAUUUCCCAGACCGCUGAUGGGGCCAGAGGCACGGAAGCAUGGUGGCCUGAUAAUUCAUGUGCUUGUCGCUAUCUACACUUUCCUUGGAUUAGCCAUUGUCUGCGAUGACUAUUUCGUCUCUAGUUUGGACAGGAUUUGUGAAGAACUAAGACUCUCCCCGGAUGUUGCUGGGGCCACCUUUAUGGCAGCAGGCUCUUCCGCUCCGGAAUUGGCAACUGUCGUUAUAGGAGUUUUCUUUGCAAAAGAUGAUAUUGGGGUAAGCGGAGUGAUAGGGAGUGCAGUUUUCAACAUAAUGUUUGUGAUAUCGGUUUGUGGCCUAUGUUCUGGAACAGUCUCAAAAUUAAAUUGGUGGCCACUCUGCAGAGACUGCUUCUUCUAUGCAAUUUCCAUUCUUGUUAUGCUUGGUACUAUUUACAACGAAUCGAUAUCUUGGCCUGAGGCGCUGCUCAUGCUGAUAACAUACGCUAUUUAUUGUGUGGUUUUAUCAUUUAACGAGCGCUUGGAACGCUGGGCUAAGUCUCUGAAUCUACCAUACCUGCCAAAAGACAGCGAUCCUGCCGAAGAGAGUGCGUUGGUUAGCUACAGGUCACUUCAGGAGGAAAGACUCUCUUAUACCGGACCUAAUUCACCAGUUACCGAUCAAAUCAAGAGCGAAGGUGCAAAAUAUGAGCAUUGUUUUUUUUCCCCCAUCUUACUCUGUAACAAUAAUUGGAACAGUCUCAAGUCCCUUCAUGUAAGCCGUGAUUCGAUUCUUCCAGGUAACAGUAUGCAGGACGGCUCUAAUCCGCAGGCUACUAAACCAACACCGUGCCCAGCACAGCCCCAGUAUUACAAAGCAAAAGAGGCCGAUCCUAACGAAAUAUCUCCAUUAGUUAUGCCAAUUGAUGGAGGAAGGUGGGGACUUUUUUCCUGGGGCCUGGUGUACCCUAUACACUUUAUGUGUCGACUCAGCAUGCCGGACUGUAGGCAGGAAAAAUGGAAGAGAUGGUACCCCUUCACUUUCUGUGUAUCCAUGAUUUGGAUCAGCUUCUACAGCUAUUUCAUGGUCUGGAUGAUCACCAUAAUUGGGAGUACGUUGGGUAUCCCAGACACGGUGAUGGGUUUGACAUUUGUGGCUGCAGGAGUGAGCGUUCCAGAUGCCUUGUCGUCCUUAGCCGUUAUAAAAGAAGGACUGGGAGACAUGGCUGUAAGUAACGCAGUCGGUAGCAACGUUUUCGACAUUCUGGUUUGCCUUGGACUCCCGUGGUUCAUUCAAACUGCUAUGAUUCAACCAGGUUCACACGUCAAUGUUACGAGCAGAGGUUUAACUUACUCGACGAUAUCGUUGCUAUCAACAGUAGUGUUUUUGGUAGUAGCGACUCAUUUGAACGGCUGGAAAUUGGACCGACGAUACGGGGUGGUCUUGAUGGCUUGGUAUCUGAUUUUCAUCGCGUUCGCAUCCUUGUAUGAACUGAACGUUUUCGGUGAAAUGAAUCCUCCCAUGUGUCCCAGUCUGUUUUAAGCAGUAGAUAAACAGUUGUGGGAUAGAUACCAGUGAAAAUCUACCGAUGCAGCGACAGUGGCAAGAAAAUUAAACUCGCAGUCAUCACGUUCAGUUUGGUAAGAUAUUUUUUUGUUAUAUAUUUAUCUUGUCUAAGUUUCCACGUAAAAAAAUUUGAGCGAAAAAAUUCAACACAGCCACAUAUUGGUGAUGACAAUGACGCUCGGAAAAGGAAUGACCCAGUAUUUUGGCAUCCGAUUGUCUAUCCUCUGGAGAUUAAGAUGUUUGUGAGCUUCCGAUAAUCAAACAUAAAACAAAAAACGAUCUUUUAGAGAUCUGAAAAUAAGAGAUCGUGAGCCGAGCUAAUGGUAUCUGAUACCUGUUAUCUUGAAUCUCUGACAACUUCUUGAUGACACAGAACAACUUGUAUCGGUAUCCUAAAUAUCUUUACCCCGGUAUGAGUAGUUGAAAACAUAUGUCAUAAAAAAAAAAACAAUUGAUUGAUUGUCUAGCUUCUCCCUACUGUGCGUUUUGGGUUAAUAGAACAUUAGCGAUUCAAUAUAAGUUGAAUUAGGGUCAGGAUUCCGUCGUACGCUUACAACGAGAAAUAGUUUAAUUUGAUGGUUGCCAGACGGUGCAAUGUCACAUUAUAGAGCUUCCAAAUAAUGUAUUCCUCAUUCUGUGAUUUCCAGGUUUUAUGACAGUUCAAUCAUAUUUGUAAUUCGAGUUAACAGUUUAUAAUAGUCUCAAGUUUCAAGCCAUUCCACUCUGAUAGCGUCAAUUCGUAUUAAAACUAAUGAAUCCCAAACUGAUUAGGCUGACUAAAUAUUACAUGAUGUUCGUCCAUCUGAGCUACGAGAAUAACUUGAUACACCCUAGGCUAGUUAUAAGAACAUAGACAGAGGGAAUUCGAGGAAACACAAUUUAUAUUCUGCAAAGUAUAUUUGACUCGAUGAUGAAAUGAUGCUUCUCUGAAACGAAUUCGUCUCCUUGAUCAAUCGAGAAGCAGUUUUUUUGUUCUUUAUUUUAUUUUUUAUGAUUAGGCGUAAUAUCAUAGUUUCUAUUUCGAAUUUCCUAAUUACAGACCAAAGAGGAUUUGUCGCAAGUAACUUAAAUCACCGCAUUGCCUUUAUCUGGAUAAAUAUAUAUGAGUAUAGUACCAGGAAAAAAACAUAGUAAUCACACAAAUUGAUCGUUAGAUUCAACAUGACCACUUCUUUAAUAAAUAGAAAAAAAUGCGGAGCAAAAUUAAUUUCGAACAAACAAGAUGAAAGAGUUACUCAAUAGGAAUAAUUUAUUUAGAAGCUCAUUAAUCUGGAUAAAAAUGAAAAAUAGCUAAAAAAGAGAGAAUGGAAUGUAACUGCAAUGCUGGCAGUUCAUUCGAGUUUAUUAUCCAUAAUAAGAUUUUGAUACGGUCGUUACGGGAAUAUUUUUUAUUCCAUGAAGAGCGUAUGGAUUUGAUAAACCUAAAAACAUUCCAGCGUAAACCAUGCGUGUGUAUACGGGAGAAGAAAUAUUGACAAAAAUAACGGGGAUCUGCCGCAUUCGUGUGACAAUACAUUAAUCAGUAUUAUUAUGAUUGUUAAUUAUUAUUAUUGAAACAAACCAUUAGAAGAUAGAAUUAAUGCGUAUGUUAUCGAGAAAUCUUGACACAUAAACUUUUCAAACGAACAAAUGAACAAGAUGUAAGAAGUAAGAAGUUCGCUUAGAUAUGAUGUAUGCAGUUCCGUCAAGUUUAUCAUAUGUAUAUUACAUUGCACAAGACAUCGAAAGCUUCACUUUAAAACAAUAUAAAUUAGUUUAGUUGAAAUUUGUACUAAUAAUCAAAUAACAAAAAAGGAAUUAAAAAAAAAAAAGGAAAAAUUAGUUCAGCGUUGUUUAUAUAUUUAUAUAUUAAUUGUUAGAAUUAUAUUAUAUAUUAUGUAUAAAUGGUCUAAUAAUAAUAGUUGCCAUCGACAGUAGGGGAUAAAGUUGAUUAAGGAAAAAACGGAAGAUGAAUAAACUAAUCUUGGAUAAAAGAUUGAAAAAUGACGGGAGUGAUGGCCCGUUUAGCUCGUGACAAAAAUGAAAUACUUGAUGUAUUUUAUCCCAUCUGACGAUAGUAACGGUUUGUAUAUUUGCAAUCACAUACACAGUAUAAAAUGUCUGUAUAAACGAAAAGAAACAAUGGGGUCGAAAAUAAAACCAAAUAACCAAAUACAUAUAACAAUAUAGGGUAAUGUAAAUGGUGUGUAGCUGUUCGUGUAUAGCGUAGGAAAGGAUGCGACACAUCGAAGUAAAGGCUCCUCGCGACACGAGAGGAAUAUAAAUUGAUUGAAGAAAGACAAUAAUUAACGCAGCCUUAACAUGAUGAAAGUAUCUACUAUCCUGUAUAUUUCUUGUGGUUACUUUUCUUAAUAUUUGUAUAUUAUAUUUAUAUUUAUUGAAAUUAAUUAUACGAGCGUUUGUUCUUACAAAAAAAAUAAUUCAUGAACGACGAUGUAAGCCGCCUGAAGUCUAUUGAAAAACAAACUUCGCGGAUUUCAAGAUGUGCAAAAUGGAUUGGCUGCAUCCUCAAUCGUUUAGAUUGAAAUACGAUAGAAUUAUCGUAGCAUAGAGAUAUUUUUUGUAGAAUUUUCUCAAUUAAAUUGAAUAAUAUUAUUAUAUCUUCUAUUAAACUGACGAUAUAUCACUUGGGAUCGGUUUUGGUAAUCCCUCACACGAUUUUAUUCUGUGUCGCAAUUUGACAUUUCUAUUUUUUCUAUUUUCCACCAGCGAGUUUCAUAUGGUAACAUUCUCUACAUAUUGUAAUCAAUAGCUAUCAUGCAAUUCGGUGUAAAAUCUUACAAGCAUUCAACUCUAAUCUCAAGCAGAAUUUGAAAGUAUGCAGUUCAAUAAUUUUAAUGAAUUUCGCUAAUUGUGAAUAAUGUUGACGGUAAUUAUCUACAGAAUCUUGUAAUUUUCAGACUACAGAUAAUUAAUAAAAUUGAAAACAUUGGAGUUAUGAUAUUUAUGCUACACUUAUUAAAAAUAUACACCGUAUUGAACAAACGCAAUUAAACUCGAUCUAGUUUUGAAAAGACUGAUCGGCAACCGUUAAGACUGACUGUGAGAAAAAAUAAUAAUCCACAAUAAGUAUCGGAGCUACAAACGAUUGUUUUUACAAUGUAACUGAUUUUUUUCUUCUUUGUUUUUGGAAUAAGUGAAUAGAGGUACUUCUGAAAGUGAAACAAUGCGAUGAAGAAGAACCGAGUAAUUCUUUUGAAUAUUUGGUUCAGUCUGAUGAGAACCAAUCAAUGUAAUCAAUCGGAUUCCAUAAUAUGAACUCAGAAUUUGAAGAAAACUUUGUUACAAACUAUUGGCCAGUUUUUGAGGGGUCAUAAUUAUUUGAACUGCAGCACAUACGUACGAAGUGUUGAUAUGUACGAAUAGGACCUGAUAAAAAGUCCUCAGUUAACAAGCAUCUAUAAAAAGUAAACGAGAAUGUCACCAUAAGAACUGCGCGGUAAUUAUUUAUUCAUGUAGCGUGAAAAAAAAAAUAGAUACUAAAUGUUUAAUGUUAUCUAUUAAAGAUAUUAUGUAUGCAUACAAUACAUAGAAUCGAUGGUAGGAAUUUGAGACAAAUUGUAUACAGUACUUCAUCAUUGAACGAGUGGUGGAAGUAAAAUUUCACGUUUCUCUCACGCAUAUGAAUUAUUAGUUAGUUCAACUUUGUUAUUUUUUAACACUCGUUCAAUUGAUCAAGAGCCGCAUGUAAUAUUAACAGCUUUCGGUAGUUUCGAAUUAUCCAGCGAUAAAGAAACCCUUGUAAUGAAAAAAAAAUUAAAAACUUUGUUGUUCUGUUAUCUAUAAACUUUGGAAUCAUAUUGAAAUUGGCAAUGAAUAUAUUUAGUAAUAAACUAGCACAAUUCAAAUAAAUACUUACAAAAAUAUUAAUAAUAAUGAUAAUAAUAAUAAUAAUAAUUGCAACGACAAACGAAAAUAAGAGAUCAUCGCUAAUGUACCUAGUGACGUGAUGAUGAAAUGUAAUGUUAAUUGUUAUAUAAACGUAAAACCUGUGAAAUUAAGCUUGAUAGAUCAUUAUAUAUGUAUUGGGCUGGACACGUACAGACGUGAGUAAUAAUGUAUUCUGAUUGUUUCGUAAGACAAUUAUUUUGAAAUUAUCGAUUAUCGUCCUCUCAAUUGAUCAUGCAUGAGUGCAUCGUUGCACCACAAGGUCAGUUAUGAUUAACAAUUAUUAAAUAUACGUAUAUUUUUUUCCAAACAAUUAUCCUAUUUAGACAAUAUUCUACGAAAUCAAUUAUAGCUAUUAGCAAUUUGGAAUCAAUUGUAAACGUGUCCUUAUAGUGUACAACAAAAGUCAAUAUUUCCCCAUCAAGUGUUGGGGGGAAAAAAAAUCUUUGACGUCACUUCGGUUAUAAUAAUUUCUGUCAUCGAAUUUAUUCCUCCAGAUAUUUUUCAAAAAUCGUUAUUAAAUAUCAUUACUACACGAAUAAUCAAAUACCAAAGUUAUUAGAUACGCCAGAUACUAUACCAUAUGUAUACACAAGAAUAUACAAAUACGUUCAAUUUCUAAACAAAUAAAAAAAAAAUUAAAAGCAAAUUAAAACGACAGUAAUAAUAAUAACAAAUAAAAAUAAUAUUGAUAAUAACAAUAUAUUAGAGAAUUAGUGGGAGAAUCGGAAUAAAUUUUAUAGCUUGUGGUAACAAUUUAAAUCAGGUUUAUUGUAGCGUAAAAGAAAAUUUAGUUUGUCGACAAAUUAAAUUUCAAGAAUCCUAGGCAAUGAAAUAUAACGAUGGUCCAUGAACCUGAUUUUGAUUGUUGGUAUUGUAACAAUAAAUAAUAUAUUUCCCGUUGUUGCAACUCUUAGUCCUAUUACGUCAAUAUAUAAAAGAAAGAAACAAUAUAUAUAUACAUAUAUACUAGGGGAAAGUAGGGAGUAUUGCACCACAUCUAAAUUAAAUCACUUCAUAGGAAGUACAAGACCUCUAAAGCUAAUGUCCCAUGCGGUUCAAUUUACUUGAUGGUGCGAUGUACGCUUUGUUCCCUUAUACUGAGAAUUAUUAUUAUAUAUUAAAAUAAAUAUUUAUUAUAAUUUACGUUCGAUCAAAGAAGAAAAUUAGACAUUAUGUACUCCAUUGUAUUUGAAAUGUUUAAGCGUAAUAAAGCUAUUGCUAAACUCUCA